AUGCCUGCAAAAGGGCCCGAAGAGCCUCUGGCGGUCGCGCAAACUCUUGCGCCGGAGUUGCUCGACAUUAUUUUCCAUUUUGUCGAAGACGAAAUCGUCGACCUUGGGGAACACAGAGCGCCGCCAUGCAUGCCUCUGAGCCACGUUUGCCGACGCUGGAGAACUGUUGCACUGGCAUGUAGAGCGCUUUGGUCCACGUCGCUACCCCGGAUCAGCCAAGAAUGGACGGAUAUCUGCCUUGCGCGUUGUCCAUCAACGCCGCUCAACGUAUACAUCGACGAACGCAACUUCUGGAGUGAAAGUCGUCGCGCUGCCGUCGCGUCGGUGAUGCAGGAUCAUUGGUCUUGGGUCAAAGUCCUGGGUCUUUCCCUGGAACUACCACGAACGGUCACUGGGAGACCCGACCUAUCAGGGGCUUGCAAACUCGGCCUCGAAGCGGUACUGCGGUUUCUCACACGCCCUAACGAUCAACUGGAGGUGCUGCUAUUUGACUUUGGUCUUGAGGUUGGCCUCGGAAUUGAUGACUGGAUCCCCAACGAUUACAAGAUCCCCAUGGACAUCUUUUCAUCACAGCCUCCGUGUCUUCUACGCGAUAUCAGACUCGUGCGCUGUAGUCUGCCUAGGGCACCUCUUCCGCAGCUCUUCACACACAGCCUGCGUACCUUGCACCUCGCCAAUACUCGGGCGUGGCGUGAUGUCGACAACAUGAUCCAGUACUUUCGCUGCAUGCCGAUGCUCGAAACCCUCACCUACAAAUUCUUCCUCGAGGCGUACCUAUUCGACUGUACCCCGUCGCGCACUCAUCAAGCCUCUCGCUGCGUCUCACUCCCCCAUCUUAAAUCCCUUGAUCUCGAAGGACACUGGAUACGGAACUUAUCCAUCAUCAACUACAUUGCCAUCCCUUCCACAUGUCGUAUCACCACCCAGUCUAUCGCAUGGGAUCAUGAAGAGCACUACGGGCCGGUGCCGCAGAACGUGGUACUCGACAUCACAGCGAUGUGUGCCGAGAGCCUGCAACGACACUUCUCUCUCGCAACCUCGCGCAACAUCGUGUACCCCAUCGUCAUGAUUCAAGACCUCGCGAUCGUUGCCGAACGGAAGUCUGCGAAAGGAGCCAUGCCCAUCGCCGAGGGGACAGAGCUUCCGGCCAAGCUUCAGCUGAACCUUCCAUUUCCGGAUUCGAGUGCUCUUAACGAGAGGGCGGCCUUCCGUGCAUACCUCUCGCAACCCGUGCUCACCGGAGCGAAGCACUUGUACUUCAAAGAGCGACCGUACAAGCUUUGUCCCGACGUCUUCGACGGAUACGUGAACGUUCAGCUACUUACUAUCGCGGAAUACGCGGAUGCAGAGGCCUUCACGGCGGGCCUGCGUUCCAGAGGCGCAUCACUCUUCCCGAGUCUGAGGCGCGUGGUGUUCGUACAGUACAUCAUCAACAGUGCUCGGCCGGAUGUCUUGCGGGAAAUGGCGUUGGCUUUGCGGGAUACUCUUGGUGCAAGAGCGGCAUUCGACUGUCUGGAGCUCUCGCUUUGCCUUGGUGUCACCGAGGAGACGGAGAACAAGAUACGGGCCAUACUAGGCUCGGAGCGGUUUGUUCGUAGCGAAUGGCCUACGGAGCUCGGGGCGAUAUUAGAUUGA